GCUUGAACCCAUCUUGCUCGGUUAAACCCUUCAUGGUUUGAAGCCUCUAGUCUAGAGAUCAAUCUGAGUCACUGAAAAUGUCAUCUUUGAUACAGAAAAGAUCAUCACUUCUCCCUCAAACUCUUACCCUUAGGCGCCACUUUGUUACCCGUCUCUUUUCACCGUCUUUCUCUGAAACCCAAACAUGUAAUUCAUCAUCUUCCAAUCGAAAACACCCAAUUCAUGGUUCUGGGUAUGAUUUUUUGAGGAAGCAUUUUACUGGGUCUUCGUUGAUUUCUGUUGGAAACUCAAAAUUAUCAUCUGGGUCUGAUUUGGGUCUCCUCAAUUCAAUCCAUUUUCGAUUGUUUAGUUCUCAGGUUGCUGUUGAACCCUCAACUUCUGAUGGGCUUACUGUUGAAGGCAUCAUUGCCAAUCAGUGGCCAAUACUUGAAGAGAGUGAGAGUGAUUGGAAGAGUCAUGCCUCUGCAAUUGCUCAGUCCAUUCAUCUAAUCAAGAAACGGUUACAGUGGAAGAAAUUAUUAUUCAGAUUAGAGUUGUUAUCGUCACAACUAGAUAAGCCAGACCUCUGGGAUGAUCCUGUUCGUGCUGGGAGGAUAAGCCGGGAGCAUGGUUCGCUCAUUGGCAAGAUGAAAGAGGUGAAGGCAUUUGAGCAAGAACUGCUUGAGCAUAUUGAAAUGAUUAAGCUUUCUCGAGAAGAGAGUGAUGCAGAUUUGGAAUCGGAAUCAUUUAAAGCUUUAAUUGAGAUGAGAAGAAGUGCAAAAGAGAAAGAGCUUGAGGCUUUGUUAUCUGGAGACAAUGAUAUUUACUCUUGCUUUAUAGAGGUUCAAGCUGGAGCUGGAGGUACUGAGAGCAUGGAUUGGGCUUCAAUGGUCAUGAAAAUGUAUAAAAUGUGGGCCCAACGUCGUGGAUAUGGAGUAACCGUAGUGGAUGAAAUGCCUGGUGAGAUGGCUGGAAUCAAGCGAGCAACAAUCAAAGUGGAUGGGGAAUAUGCAUUUGGGUAUGCCAAAGCAGAAGUAGGAGUCCACAGGUUGGUACGUAUUUCACCAUUUGAUAGCGCCAAGCGCCGGCAUACUUCAUUUGCUGCUGUGGCUGUAAUACCGAUCUUGGGUGAUGCAUCUGCCCAUGUUCAAAUUAAUGAAUCUGAUCUCCGAAUUGAGCGAAUGCGAGCUGGUGGAGCUGGUGGCCAGCAUGUCAACACAACUGAGAGUGCUGUGAGAAUAACCCACAUUCCUACAGGUGUCACUGCUUCUUGUCAAAAUGAAAGAUCACAACAUCAAAACAAAGCUUCUGCCAUGGCUGUUCUUCAAGCCCGCUUAGACCAGCUUGAGAUGGCUCGCCAGGCUCAGAUGAAUGCACAACAUACGCAAUCUCUCACAGAAAUUAGUUGGGGCAACCAGAUACGCACUUAUGUGCUCCAUGUAUGCAGAGGGCUUACAAAUAUUUCCUUACCGCAUGGUGAAGGAUCUUCGAACUAACUAUGAAGUUUCAGACCCGGAUUCUGUCCUUGAAGGAGACAUCGAUAGCUUCAUCUUGAGCUUUUUAUCGGCAGCCUUGGAUAAAGAUGAAGCUGACAUGUAAGAUGAGUUCAAUCUUCAGUGAAAUCUUACAUAACAAGGGUGAUAGCUACAUCUUGAAAAUCUAACAAGCAAUUUUGGUUGGCGGACACUGAUGCCCUCUUUCUAGACAAGGGACAGAUAUUGUGAAUCUCUUAUGUGAUCAGAAUCAACAGCAUUUGAAAUAAUGAAUUUACAGAUAAAAUUAUUGGUUGUUAUUCAUAGUGAUAGGAUUUGUAGAAGUAGUGAAAGGAUGAAGUAUUCUUUUCAUUAAUUUCUUCUGCAUGACAGACCUAUGUAUAUAUAUAUAUUUUUAAUUAAAAUUCUGGUAAUGUCAAUAACUAUGUAGUUCAUUCAUAACUCUGAACUAAAUCUAAUUAGUUUUGAUCUAAUUCAUACAA